CUCAGGGGGCUGAAAAUGCUUUUCCUCCACCAUUUAGUCAUUGCUUGUCCUACUUUUCUGAAGUCAAGAAGUACUCACAUAAAGAGCAACUUGUUCAGUGACAGAAAAGGUCAUUUCUACUGGCCAAGCACUUGGAAAGGAGACAGGAAGCAUAUUAUUUUUGAAAGCUGAGAGAAUUCGAGAGCAUCGCGGAGAGCAGCUGCCAGCAGAGAUGGGUUCUGCCUCCUCCAGCUCCCAGUUCACCUCCAGCCGACUGCUCGCUCUGGCUGCCCUGGCGCUCGUCCUACUGGUGUGCCUGGGGCCAAAUGGCACAAAAGGAAAUAAACUCAAGCUCAUGCUUCAAAAACGAGAAGCAUCUGAUCCAACUAAGACAGAAGUUUCAGUAGGUGAAAGCAAAGCAAAGGAAUUUUUAAGCAGCAUGAAACGCCAGAAACGCCAGCUGUGGGAUCGAAGUCAACCAGAUGUACAGCAGUGGUACCAGCAAUUUCUCUACAUGGGUUUUGAUGAAACUAAAUUUGAAGACGAUAUUAAUUAUUGGAUAAACAGAGGUCGAGAUGGUCAUGACUACUAUGGAGGUUAUUACCAGCGUCAUUAUGAUGAAGAUGCUGCUAUUGGGCCUCGGCAUCCCCACACUUUCAGGCAUGGAGCUAGUGUCAACUAUGAUGAUUAUUGAGUGCCUUUUCUGAUGUUCUGGUUAAGACACCGGGGUUUUGUUUUUGCGUAAAUUUGCCUAACUGGAUUGUUGUGAGGAUCAAAGGCAAUAAUUUGUGUGUAAAGUACUUUGUAAACCAUAAGCAUCAUUUAAAUGUGAGCUAUUAUUAUUUCUAUUUUACCAGUGCAUUUUGAAAAGAUUUUUAUUUGGUAAUAAAUUUAGUCAUUGCCAAACCCCCCCAAAAAAAAAAAAUCUUGUUCAUGUUCUCCUAUAAGUUCAACCCUGGAGGUCCACUUCAUAUAUUAGAGGCCUUCUCCAUUUUUUCCUGUCACAGGAAAAAAUGAAAUUAUGCAAAAAGUCUAAAUAAUUUGAUUUAAAAAAAAAACAACUAUUAAGGCUGGUUCAGAGAAUGCUAAAGGUCUUAGAGCAGUAUCUUAAGACUACUCUAAGACUUUUGGGAUACUUUAUUGACUUUAAAGAAAUUAUUUGCUUCUGUGUCCCUAUUUCUUGUGUGCAUCUUUUUAUCAGAUUUUGUUGCUAUUUUUUUUAAAGAUAAAUAUAAUCAUAGUCAGCAAGGAUUUUGUUGUUCUGAUAUUGUAUUCUUCAUUCUACAUUUCUUUCUAUAGAUCUUGCUAUGUUUGUAUUCUUAUAUUUGGCACAAUAAUCUAUUCUGAUGUAUUUUCUAACUCCCCCUAUAUUUCUAUUUUAUUUUAAUCCAUAUAUAUCUUUCUCUUUAUGAUUCUAAUGCAAUUGUUAAAGAACAAUAGAAAUGUCAUCUGAAGUUUGAUUGUAUGUAGGUAUGUAUUGAUAAACUCUAUAUUAUGCUAGAAAUAAACUCUUAUUUUAAAAAUG